CUAAAACAAAUUAUUAUAUAUUUUACAUAAUUAAUGUAUUAAUGUUUCAAUGUCCUACUCUUAACAGUUACACUAUUGAGUUUAUUUCUCUUGUGGCAAGAUAUAUAAGUAUACUAUCAAUUACUUGACUUUCUACUUAAAACUGCGAUUAACUAAUGUAGAAUGUACUUUAUGCCGCGGCCGUCUUGCGCCUUGUCGUGUAAAAUAGAAACACGCCUUAAACGUAGAUAAAACGGCCAGUGAUGCCAUACUUGGGAGAGGCAACACUGAAAACGGCGCACGGCGCUCGAGUGCUUGUAAGCAAGACGUUCUGUACGACGCAUACGGCACAUGUGCUUGAAUUGAUCGAAGGGCUAUUAUAUCUAGGAGAAGCGAGAAAACACGAAAAAUUUUCAAAAAAUAUAGAGGAAAGGAGAAACCAUACACACACACACACACACACACACACACACACACACACAAAUCUUCGGCGUAUAGUGUUCAUUAUCGAGCCUGAAAAGUUUACGUUCGCGCGUGCUGUGUUUAUAAGCCGCCACGGGCGGAUCGAAUUUACGAAGCGGAGGAUACAAUAGCUGCUUAUAAGAAUAUAAUAUAUAUGUGAAAUAAGCGUAUCAAGAGUGCAUCAGAAAGUGUGACUAUUAGAAGAGAUUUACUAUACGAUGUCGCAUUUUGUAUAACAGAUCUGGAUUUAAUAUUAUAAAAAUGAAAAAUUUUCUAUUGGAAGCUGGCCAGUCGCUCUACUAUAAGCCUCUUCAUAUGGUAUCGAGAAGGCAACAAAGAUUAAGAUUAGCUCGCCGAAAACAAAUAAUAAAAAAAACAAAAUCACUUUUGAUAGAGAAUGAUUGUUCUGCAAACAUCUAUGCUAAAAAUGAAGUUCAACAUUUUAAUGACUGCAACGUAAAUCAUCUUGUACAAGACACUCAGUUUAAUUCAAUUGUGCAACUUUCUACAAAUGAACAAUCUUCUGAUUUAUAUACAGACAAUAUAGAUGAGGUUAAAGUUAGAAAUACUUGUAAUACGGUAAUGUUUCAGAAAAAUUUAGCAGCUGUUCUAGUCGACGCAAAUCAUGUUCUCGGCAAUCGUAUUUUAAAACUUCUAAGAACUCAUAAUUGCUUUACAUUUUUACCUGCAGAUAUUAGAUCAUUACUUUUGACGCCACGGCAUUCCUCAAUUUUAUAUAAAGUUGAGCCAGGAGAAUAUUUACAUAUUGGGGUAAAAAAAAUGUUUAGCCGAAAUUCUUGAAGAAACACAUUUUUUAUCAAUUCCCAAAGUUCUCGAAAUUGACAUUAGUACGGAUGGAGCACAAUUAUAUAGAGAUGGAAAACAUAAUAUUUGGCCAAUUCAAUGCAGAAUUGCUAAUAUUCCAAAAUCUAUUCCAAAAACUAUAGGAAUAUAUAUAGGAAUAUAUAUAAAGGUUCAAAAAAACCUAAGAGUGCAGAAGAGUUUUUCCAAUAUUGUAACUCAGAUUUUCAUGAAAUUUUUAAUGAGGGUGGUAUCAUUUUUAAAGAUAAAAAAUUCUCAAUAAAACUGCGAUGUUUUAUCGGAGAUGCACCAGCUAGAGCAUUUAUUUUAGGACAUAAGAGUCACCGUUCUUUUAAUCCAUGCUCAAAAUGUACAAUAAACGGAUUUAGUAUUGGAAGAUGUACGGUACUUAGAGGCAUUAAGCAUAGGCAACGUAUACAUGAAGAGUAUAGACAACAAAUUGAUGAGGAACAUCAUAAAUGUUCAAGUCCAUUAUCUCAUUUACCUUUUGAUAUGGUUAAAGAUGUUGUGUUUGAAUAUAUGCAUAUGUAUUGCCUAGGAGUUAUGAAAAAAUUAAUCGUGACAUGGAUACGUGGGGAUUAUACAAAAAACGCCAAAUUAUCGGGAAUCCAAAUUAAAAUUAUUUCAAAUCGGUUAAAGAUUCUCUCAAAACACUGUCCACGAGAAUUUGCACGCCGCGUUGAAUCACUUAAUGACUAUGAUCAAUUUAAAGCCACUUAUUGGCGUCAAAUUAUGUUAUAUAUUGGAAUAGUAUGCUUUAAAGAAGUUGUUCAGGAUUACAUAUAUGAUCAUUUUUUACUUUUCCAUACAUCCAUGCUCAUUCUUGUUUCAUCGGUAUGUAAUACGAAUAGAAAUCUAGUUUUUUCUGAAAUAGCAAUCGAAAAAUUUGUGUUACUCUGUGAAAACAUUUAUGGCUUAACUUUUUUAUCAUAUAAUAUACACGGAAUUCUCCAUUUGGUCGAAGAUGUACUCCGAUUUGGCCCUUUAGACAGUUAUUCAGCAUUUCCAUGCGAAAACAGCAUGCUUGUUUUCAGAAAAAUGUGUAGAAAACCACAUCUUUCCUUGCAGCAAAUUGCUGCAAGACAUGCAGAGAAAGAGCAAUGCAAAAAGAAAUUUAUUGUCCAGAAUAAUUGUAUUAAAGUGUGGAAAAAACACGAGGAAGGUCCAUUACCUUUCGCUGACGCUGAUUCUAGGAUAUAUGAUCAAUAUAAAUUUUUGAAAACUCCGGAUAUGACAAUUGGUGUUUGUGCACGCGAUGAUUGUUGCAUUUUAUCAGAUUCAAGUAUAUGUUGCGUAAAAAAUAUUUUGCAUUAUGAAAAUGAUUAUUUUAUUGUUGUUAAAAAAUUUCAGCAAGUAGUAGAUUUUUUCAAUAUUGGCAUUGGUUCAUCUUGUGUCGGUAUUUAUAAAUGCUCUGAAUUAGCUUAUAAUUAUGAUAUUAUCUUAUUACAAGAUGUAAAAGCAAAAUGUUUUAGAAUGCCUUAUUUUACUUGUCUCCCUAGUAAUGAAUUAAUGCACGAUAAAGUAGUACAAGAUGAAUUUAUCGUUGCAGUAAUGUUAUAAUAAUGAAUAAAACAAUCUAUUUUUUUGUAUUAUUAAUAUACUAAAAAAUAUGUAUUAAAAAUAUGCUCUUUAUAAUAUAAUAUAAUAUAAUAUAAUUAUAUAUAUAUAAAUAAUAAUAAAUUUGUGUACCUAUCGAAAGUGAUCAUAAACUUUUGCCUAAAAAAAUUAUUAGAUAUGACAUACUAUAUCUCGUAAAUCAUCUUAAAAUAUCUGCAGAUCCACACGAUUUUCAAAAAGGUCUUUGAAAAAGCCACCUCGAUAUAGAACUACUUCGAGUGAAGAGGAAGUAAGAGCUAAAAAGAAUAAGCGUAUUAAUGAAGAAACAGCGAAGAACAAAAUUUUAUCUGUUAUGCAGAAUAUCCGUACUACGUUUCAAAAUGUUUCAAAUAAUACUGAAGAAAACACAGUAUGCAAUUUUGCACAAACUAUGCACCCAAAAACUGUUAAUAACUUUCAUUCAGUUAAUGCGAAUAAUACAAAUAUUUUGUCACGACAAUUCAGCAUUAAUAGAAAUAGUUCUCAACGUAAAAUCCUUCAAGAAUCAAACAUUAUAACAGAAAACAUUAGACAACCAGCUGUUCAGCUAAAUAAUAUUCAAAAUUUAAGAAAUGAUAAUAGACAGCUCUUAAACAAUGUACAACCACGUCGUCAGCAAUCUUUUCAAAAUAUUACAUUCGACAAUCCAUCAGAAGACUCAAAUCAUAUACAAGAGGUGGAAAAUACAGUAUCAGUUGAGCCACUUCAAGAGAAAAACAAUGCACCAUUACUGAGACAAAGAAAUGAUGUACAAAUUGAAAUACUUCGCGACAUACAGCAGAAAAUACAAGGAAUAAAUAGGCGAUUGGAUUCGCUAGAAGAAAAAAUCGAUGGCAAUAUUAUAAAUGCAAUGCCCAUGAAACCGCGAAUCCUCCCAUUUUCAAGUAUAGAUGCGAUAUAAAGGUUCACAAAGGAAGACAGGGUUCAUUACAAUGAAGUCGUAAACUACUUCAAAUUCUUAAAUUGUAUGACAUUAAAAGACAGCGUACAUCAAUGUGUAAAAGAAUCUAUAAUAAUGCAGUAGCAGCGGAACUGACAUGGUGGGGUGUUCCUGAUGUUAAAUUCCCAUUUUACAAUACGGUUUUAUGUCAAGCGAUUUACCAAGCCGUAGGAUCGAAUCGGUACUACCUUAAACCAACCAGGGAAGAAUUUCAAAAAGAAGUUGUGGCAUCUUUAAAAGUUGCAAAACAACGUUUACGAAAUGCCAGAGAAAGACAUGCUGGAAUUCAAGGAAGGCGAAGAAACUUGCAGGCUGCUGCAGAUGCAUUGUAUGACGAAAACGUUAGCAAUCACGAGGACGAAAACAUUAGCAAUCACGAAGAUGAUGGAAAUCAAAGCGAAGAUAACGGCGAGCACAUUACAGACGCGGAAAAUGAAAACAAUAGCGACGAGCACUCUGAUGAAUUAUAAAUUUUUCUACGUUUUGUGUAGUAUAUACAUAUCUAUAUAUUAGAUUGCUAUUAAUAAGUUUGAUUCUUUAUUUUUUUAUUUUUUUUAAUUAGACUUUAAUAAUUGAUAUUUUUAAUAGCAAUAUAAUAUAUAAAUAUUAAUAGCAAUAUAUUAAUAGCAUUAUUAUUAUUAAUAGCAAUAUAAUAUAUAAAUACCUAUAUGUACCUAAAAGAGGCUGCUUACAAACUUACAAUUAGUGUUGCAAUAUAAAAACCAAAGCAAAUAUUUUAUGAAGCUAAUACAUGUUUAUAAUACAAA